AUGGCCGAACAACGCGCUGAGCCUCUCCGCCUGGGCAGCAUCGCCCCCAACUUCAAGGCCGAAACCUCCGCCGGUCCUAUCGACUUCCACGAGUUCGUCGGUGACAACUGGGUCGUCUUCUUCUCCCACCCCGAGGACUACACCCCCGUCUGUACCACCGAGCUCGGCGCCUUCGCCAAGCUCGAGCCCGAGUUCACCAAGCGCGGCGUCAAGCUCAUCGGUCUCUCGGCCAACACCGUAGACAGCCACAACGGCUGGAUCAAGGACAUUGCUGAGGUCACCGGCGGCAACGUCAAGUUCCCCAUCAUUGGUGACAAGGAGCGCAAGAUUGCCUACCUCUAUGACAUGCUUGACCACCAGGACACCACCAACGUCGACUCCAAGGGCAUUGCGUUCACCAUCCGAUCCGUCUUCGUCAUCGACCCCAAGAAGGUCAUCCGAACCAUCCUGGCCUACCCCGCCUCCACCGGUCGUAACGCCGCCGAGGUCCUCCGUAUUGUCGACUCCCUCCAGACCGGUGAUAAGUACAAGGUUACUACCCCAAUCAACUGGGUUCCCGGUGAUGACGUCAUCGUUCACCCCUCGGUCUCCAACGAGCAGGCCAAGGAGCUCUUCCCCGACUUCCGCAUCGUCAAGCCUUACCUCCGAUUCACUCCUCUGGCUAAGGAUAAGGUCACUGGCCAGCAGUAA